GGGAGGGAGACUGUUCACGGUUGAGUCUGGGCGGAAAGAGGAAGCUGGUUAAAUAGGCUGCUAGGGUGACUACGAUGUAGCAACACUGUAACGACGGAGGAAUCGAUUUUGAAACAGAAUUAACAAAGCGGAAGACAUGUUAUAAAGACAAACGACCUUGUAGUUAUUGUUGACUGCAUUUACGUGGUGAACUUUCAAAACUUGAGUGUGUCACCUUUGUUACCAUUUAUGAGGAUGAAUGAGACCGUGCUCUUUGUCGAGGAAGAAGAGGCGGACAAGACAAAUCAGCAGGUUGAAGAGGACAAUGUCUCCAGGAAGAUGGUUACUGUCGACUGGGACCAAUGGGACAAGCUACUGCUGCCCUCUACACUGGACUCUGGUGUGCACAGUCUGGACACAGUGUAUGACAGAACCACUGUGAUGAUUGAACAAGACCCAGUGGGUUCUAGAACUGACAAUAAAGAGGAGGAAGAGGACAUGAUGAUGUACCUACAUGAGGGAUGUGAGACGGAGGGCCGUGGAGGUCUGGAAGACCACUGGCAGGCCAUGUCACAGGGGUACAUCCACCACACCAUCUCCCAGGACCAGAUCCAGUUCACCAUCAACCCUGGUUCCACACCCAUGCCACGGCACAUCCAGGGGGCCACCAUCACACUGCACUCUGAGUGCCCAGAUACCCACCACAGCGAGGUGAAGCGUUACCAGUGUCUAUACAAGGACUGUACUCGUACCUACAGCACAGCAGGGAACCUGCGGACCCACCAGAAGAGACACAGAGGAGAAUACACUUUUGUCUGCAACCAGUUGGGCUGUGACAAGGCCUUCCUCACCUCCUACAGUCUGAAGAUCCACGUCCGCGUUCACACCAAGGAGAAGCCCUUCGAGUGUGACCAACAGGGCUGUGAGAAGGCCUACAACACACUGUACAGGCUGAAAGCACACCAGAGACUGCACACAGGGAACACGUUUAACUGUGAGUCGGACGGAUGCACCAAGUACUUCACCACUCUGAGUGACCUGAGGAAACACGUCCGGACACACUCCAAGGAGAGGCCCUUCAGGUGUGACCAUCCUGGCUGUUACAAGGCGUUCACCUCUAGUGACCAUCUCCAAACACACAUCCUGGGACAAAUAGGUGAGCCACCCCUCCUUCAGGUGGACACAGAUGGUGAUAACUCCCUAAGCUCCUCCAACAGUCCGAGGGACAACAUCAAAGGUCACGACCCUGGACCGUCAGCUGACAUAAUUCACAGCCACUCCCUCUCAGACGAUUUGAAUCCUCAUUCCCCAUGUCUCAGUGAUAUGAGCCUGAUUUCCACUGCUUCCCAGCUCCGAGAAAGUAAUUCUGAUGCCCUGGACCUGGUGUUUGAGUUGCUGUUUCAAGACAAGACCCAGACACAGGAUGUGUCAUCGGUGGCAGUGACCUCGUAUAGUUUGGAGAACCCAUCUCUAACCGUGGUGCUUUCAGAAGCAUCUCAACCUUUAAUUUCUACCUGUCCUGAACCCUCUGACUCUACCCCUAGUGAACCCCGUCCUGUACCCCUCACCUCUGGGUGUAUCCCGAGUGAACCCCGUCCUGUACCCCAGCCCACCGCUCUCCUCACCCCUGGUGAACCCUGUCCAGUUCCUGUUUCUCCCAUGAUCAGUGAUACACCUAAACAUGAGGUGAUUCCAGAACAGCCAUCCAAUCAGAGCCUACUACAACAGCUAGCCUCAUCACUCCAUUCCCAACCAGGCUCCACCCAGAACGUACUAUCACAGCCAACCACCACCCUCCAUUCCCAACCAGGCUCCACCCAGAGCGUACUAUCACAGCCAACCACCUCCCUCCAUUCCCAACCAGGCUCCACCCAGAGCGUACUACUACACCCAGCUGCCAUGUCCUCCAUCUAUUCUCAACCAGGCCCACACCCUCCACCCUCCAGCUCCUCCCUCCAGGCCCCACUAACACCCCUCUCCCUGGAGUACUCUACUCAUCCUACGGUCCCUGCCCACAGUACCAUCCAGCCCAUCACCUUGUCCACUCAGAACCUCCAGUGGCUGUUGAACAGUAUCAAUGACCCGAGGCAGCAGGACAUGCAGACACAGCUAUCCCAACAACACAGUGGCUCGACACUAGAGAAGCUCUAUUUCACCACAGAAAUACCAAUGGGAGGGAACACAGGGACAGCUCUGCAGCAGAUAGGCCUGAGUCUGCCUGUCAUCGUAAUUAGACAGGGAGAGUCAUGCCAGUGUCGGUGCCCCUGCAGAGACGGCAGCGCAGCAUCAGACACAGAGAAACAGACUAGUGCCCAGUUCCUUCAGUCCCAGGACCUAUCAACCAAGGACCCACCCCCUCAGCCCCAGGACCCACCACCCCAGCCCCCUCAGCCCCAGGACCCACCACCCCAGCCCCCUCAGCUCCAGGACCCACCACCCCAGCCUACUCCACCAUAGCAUCCUCAACCUCCACCUGUACAUCCCCCAUGAAAAUUCAAGUCAACAUUGUAUUACUGGAGAAACUGUUCCUGUUCCUUAUCCAACUGAGGUGUCUCUAUGCACUGUGCUGUGUACUUAACUCUUUCUGUUGUUAAUACCUAGUUCAGGAUCAGGUCUCCAUACCCUGUCCCCAUAACCUCAAUCAAUAGAAACCCAAACUACUCCGGACUGGUUGCUGAGGGUAGAAAGCAAUCAUGUGCUGCAUUUCAGUGUGGAUCAGGUCAAUUCUGGUAGCAGACUAGCGGUCUAUUAUGAAUUGGGCUUGAACAGUGGCUGGCCGCUGAAGGUAGUGUGGAAAACGGUUGACUAGAGCACAAAUCCUCUGUAGCAACAUUCCUCUUUACAUCCAGUCCCACUGGAAACAUGAAAGGUGACAUUUCUUUUUGAUGGCGCAGAAAGGUAAAGCACUGUUAAAACAGACUAUCACUCCCCAAGCAGUACUUAACAUUGCAUUUUUUGCCAAAUGUGUGUGGAAUGCAAAGUGUUGUGGCAUCGCGUGUGUCAUGUAUCCGUACCGUUUCAUUCUGAACCUGCAAAUGAUCUCUGUGUUCAAGGAUGUGGAAUAAUGGGAGAUCUAAGUAGCAAAUGCUGCUCUAACAAUGCAGUGCAGUACAUUUAGACACUAGCAAACUAACCUGGCAAUGCACAAAUAUUAGUGUUUUCUUCAACGUUCAAUGUUCACAAUAUAAGUGUUUUUAACAUGUCAUUUUUUUAUGUAAUGUCAUCAUCUGUAACUGUUUUACUUACUGACAUGAUGACCAGAUGGACAGGUUAGCUGAGGGGUCUGCAUCAGGCUCCCUGUGGAGGAGCUCUGAAGAGUAACUGUUUUACUUACUGACAUGUUGACCAGAUGGACAGGUUAGCUGAGGGGUCUGCAUCAGGCUCCCUGUGGAGGAGCUCUGAAGA